AUGUUACCCAGCGGGGCCGGGAACGGCGCUGCCGCCCUGCCCCGGAGCUCGGUCAUGGGCAUGGCCAGGACGUCCUCGGGCCGGCCGGGCGCGGGGCUCUCCGCGGGGCGAACGGUGGCGGCGGCGGCGGCGGCGCUGCUUCUUCUGCUUCGGCGGCGGCGGCUUCUGCGGGAGUGCGCGGCGGCCCGGGCAACGGGACGGGCCCUCCGAGCGGCCCUGGGGCGGCCGCGGGUCGCUUCGAUCGCGACCGGGACUUGGGGGCGGCCGUGGCGGCGGCGGCGGCGGCUGCGAGCGACAGCGAAGGCAACUCGGAGUCUGGCGAGGAGGAGGAGCUGGUGGGCGACCGGCGGGGCGUGA